CCUUUUUCAGAAUACCUUCUCUGUGCCUUUGCGGUUUCUCACAUUGGACUUCUUGCCAGCUCCACAGUGCGCGGUUGCAUCGCUGCUCUGAAAGCAUGGCACUUGUAUCUCGACUUGCCUUGGCAUGGGGGUCCUCAUCUGAAUCUCAUUCUCAAUGGGGUCAAAAACUCGAUGCCCUCAUCCUCUCGCCACCCACUCCGUCCGCCCGUCACUUGCAACAUGCUACUCUCUCUAUCCUCUCUGCUAGAUCUACACUCAUUCCUUGACUCUGCUGUACUUGCUGUCGCAACAGCCACUUUUUAUGGGCAAUGCUGCCUCGGCAAAAUUCUCUCCAGCUGGGAGGACACCUUUCUUGAUGGACACACUGUGCUUACCUCCCACUUGUCUGAACCUCUCAGCUCUAAUCAAUCCAGGAAACUCUUCUUACCUUUCACGAAGGUGUCAAAGUCACGCGGCAAGUUUGUUUAUAUCUGCAGGCAGGCUGAUGCUUCAGACCCCAUCUCAGCUCUCAAACACCAUCUCCUCAUCAACUCUCCCCCUUCUGAGGUUCCCCUCUUUUCCUAUCAGCUGUCUCUCCAUGGUUGA